AUGUCGAAGCUCAAUGAACUUAUACUUGAAUCGCUGAUUAGAUAUGGGGCCGAAACCAUUAUUUCUACUAUAUCUAACAAAGAAAUUCAAAAAAAUCUCAAUGAACGUUUUCAUAACUCUAAAACCAAGUUAGAUUUCAUCGAAUUCAAGCUUGAUACUACAGAAUUUAGCACAGAUAUUCUGCCUUUGCUCGAAAAACAUGCAAAAAAAGGAAUUGACAUAUUUAUUAACUUAGACCCUGCUUAUAACAACGAAACACAAACGGAACUUGUCAAAUCAUCAGUAUCUGGAUUUAUAAAUGAAUACAAAAACAGCUUUACAUCUGUUGUUGACUUAACCAAUCAAAUUUCCAAAGAAAUGAAUCGUGAUGGAUCCAUUAUUUUUGUUUAUCCGCCUUACAAUUGCAAUUCAUCAUCACAGUUAUGCACAAAUACAUCUCUAGCAAUGUUUGCAAAAACUGCUGCACUUGAUUUAGGAAAAAAGGCACAUAUAAGAGUUAAUGCCAUAAAAGUAGGAUAUAUUGAGCAAUACUCAAGUGGAACAGUCGAUUCUUCAGUUCGUUUUACUUCAUUUGAAUCUAUUUCAAAUAUGUUGUUAUUUUUAAGUUCAGAUUUAUCAAAGGAUAUAACAGGAACUGAACAAGUCGUAGAUUCUGGCUCAAGAUUAUAA